CUACCAAUUUAUUGUACUCAUAUUUUAUUGUACCCGUACAUAUGGGUUAUUCUAUGAAAAUCAGAAUCUGUCGAAGUUAUGGAUGAAUGGAUGUCCGAAGUUGAGAGAAUUACCAGAUGGCAGAGGGCAGUGAAUAGGGGGCUGAGUAUUGGAUUGUGUGGAAGGCUGAUGAUGUUGCCUCCUCAAAUGAUAAGAGUCAUGGGCCUCGACUCUCCAGUAUCUCUCACUGGUCGAACUAACUAGCCUAAGGAACCUGCCAAUGGUGAUUGUCUGCCUCUCAGAAUCAACUCGUCUCAAACAAACAACUGAGAAUUGUUGGUACUCCUAAACUUUGGGCUUCUCGUAAUGAUAUGAGUUGGCCAUUGGACAGCUUGUGGAAAUUAAGGAUUGAUGUUAGUCAAGGGAGACUAGUGUUGACAUUAAAGACACUGUGGAUGACAUAUUGCAAGGAAAGGAUGUCGCAACUCACUUAGUUUGUUAAAAUUGGAAUUGGGUGCCAAGUCUAAAUGCUCUUUCCUGGUUUGUUUUAGAGAAUUUAGGGGUUGAAGAAUUGCCCCAUUGGUUUGGGAAACUCUCAUCUCUAGAUUCCACAAAUGGUUCUGUCAUAACCGUCCCGGCAGUUGAGCCGCAGAAGGAAAAUGUUGCUCAAAGUCGUGUAGUAAGUCUAGGAAGUGAACCAAUAUCCACUUCAGAAAGUAAGCCGCGCGCAGAGAUUUUUAUUGAAGAAUCCUCUUAUAUGCUGGAUAGGGUGAUUUCAAUGGAUUCCGCGGCAGACUCAAAUCCUUCAUCGCUUUCAGGACACGAAACCAAGCAGCAAUUUGCAGAAGAGAUUGAAGAAGAAGGCGUGGUCUCAGGGGAUAGUGAAACAGAGAUGUAUAUGAGUGGCUUCUAUUCACCGCAGAGAGUUGAACAAGAGUGCCAUGGAGAAAUUCUGGCAGGGAAUGAGCAACAAGAAACUGAACUUACUUCAUCAAAUGUGGAAGAACUCACUUCAACAAUCGCGGAAAGAAGUAAGCAUCUUGAAGAAAAUGUUACCUGCCCUAUUUAUUUUCAAGAGAAAGAACUUUAUGUGGUUGUUCUAGAGGAUAAAGAUCUACUUCUAAAAUUUGAUAACCACGUUAUCUUUAUCGGAGCUUAUCCAUCACUAUCACCACAUAACAAUUCCCCACUGAAUGCCGUGCUUAAUUCGGUAGAGCAACACUUGCAUGAGCUACCUCUAAAGCCAGACUACCCUGAUUCAUUGGUACUGUUCCUACAGAGAAACAAACGUUUGACUCUCAUUCAUCCCUUGUUUUUUUGACAACAUGCGAGAGUUGCGUUUUCUAGACUUAUCAGAUACCAAAAUCAGGAUAUUACCUAGUUCACUUUUCAAGCUUUCGAAGCUUAAAGUUUUGUUGUUCAGGAACUGCAUUUGUAUUGAAAAACUUCCGCCUGAAAUAGGAGACCUCAAGAAAAUGGAGGUACUUGAUCUUUCCGGCACUGAGCUCUACGACCUCCCCGCUGAAAUCAGUCAGCUUGAUCAUAUGAAGAGAAUGCACCUAUCCUUCUAUGGACCGGAUGAUGAAAGUGAAUACGAGCUUUUGCCAUGUCAAUUGGUUUCUCCCAGUUUUCUAUCAGAGAUGGAAGGAAUAACAUCGUUAAGCAUUAGCGUGCACCCUGAAGAUCACCGAUGGACAGAAGCUGUUGCCUGCAUAGUAAAUGAUAUCAGCAAGCUGGAGAUGUUGAGUUCCCUUUAUUUCUACUUUCCAGAAAUAGAAAUGUUUGAAAAUUUCAUUGAAACGAGCUCUUCAUGGAAUAACCAGAGCUUAAGUAAGUUUGAUUUUGCUGUUGGCCAAGAUGUAAAGCGAAUUGUAUCUCGGGUCCCUGAUGACGUGGAAUCGCUGUUCAGUCAACAUGAGAGAUGCUUGAGGUAUGUUAAUGCCGAUAAGACAUCCUCAUUAAUUAAAAGUGUUAUCACCCGUGCCACAGCAUUCUACUUGGAUCACCACACUGAUAUCCGGAGCUUGUCUGAAUUCGACAUUUCUAGUUUUCGGUCCAUGAAAUUCUGUAUCGUACGAGAGUGUCCAAAAAUGCAGGCGAUUUUGGAUGAGAAAAAUGCUAGAGGUGCAUUUCCAUGUCUAGAGUAUCUGGGAAUCUACUUUAUAUGGGAGUUGAGGCAAAUUUGGAAGCCACUGUCGCAAGCAAGUAGAUUGAACAGAAUCUUCAAGGCGAAAAACUUUGAAGCUCUUAAAUAUCUUAUGAUCAAGACAUGCCCGAAGCUACGAUUCAUAUUUUGGGAAUCAAUGCUUCUAUGUCUUGCCAGCCUGGAGGAGCUUGUUGUUGAGGAUUGUGAAGGCGUGGAGAAAACUCAUACUUGCCUACCUACCGGAGCUGGUUAGCCUUGGCUGUGGUAUUCGUAUGUCAGAAGAAAAAACCAGUGUUUAUGGUUGUCCAAAGUUGAAACAAGCUUGAUGGCACCAAUUUUGAAGAAGUACAAGCUGGACUUUCAAGGAGUUGGAUGAUCAUCUGUUUGAUUAAAGUAAGUGAAACUACAUUAUUCUAUUUGAGUGAUUUUUCAUUUCAUCUAUCUGCAGAUUCAGCACAAGUAAAAGUCUUAGCUGUACGUGCUGACGUUGUGUUUUACUCCCUCCGUCCCAUAGCAUUAGGCCGAAUGUCCGUCCUAUAGAAAAAGAAUCUGAGAAGGCUAAACUUGAUUUCUCUGUCAAUUAUGAAUGUGCCAAGUGAGUUCAGGAUGCGUCAAUCAUGCUCUAUUAGCAAGAUACGGCCGAAGCUGCUAUUCAUAUUCAUGCAUCCAUGUCUUGCAAACCUGGAGGAAGUUGUUGACGAUUGAUGAGGAGAACAGGAAAGUGAAGUACGAAGACAAUGUCAUUCCCAGGUUACCGACCGGAGCUAAGCUCGACUUCCAAGAAACUGAACAAUCAUCUUCUUGUAAUGAGUAAAACUGUUAUCUUCUUCUUGAAUGGUUUUCUCAUUUCAUUUAUCUACAUUAUUUGUUUGAGUAAAAUUGAUAGUUGUAAUGUAUGCAAUGUGAAAUUAGGUCAUUGAACUGUUGUGCCAUUUUCUCAUUUUCUGGUUUAAGUAUUUCAUUUGAUGUUUUGUUA